AUGGUCUUAAGUUGUCCAAAUUUCUUGGAUGAAAUAUUGCUCAUAUUAGUUGUUUGGAAGUUUAUCUUCUCUACUUAUUUUUGCAAAUCUAUCUAUCUAUCUAUCUAUCUAUCUAUCUAUCUAUCUAUCUAUCUCAGUCUGUUCCUAUCUGUCUGUCUACCUCAGUCUGUUCAUAUCUAUCUAUCUAUCUAUCUAUCUAUCUAUCUAUCUAUCUAUCAGUCUUCUGUUCACAUCUAUCUGCCUCGGUCUGUUCACAUCUAUCUAUCUAUCUAUCUAUCUAUCUAUCUAUCUAUCUAUCUAUCUAUCUAUCUAUCUAUCUAUCUAUCUCAGUCUGUUCAUAUCUAUCUAUCUAUCUAUCUAUCUAUCUUUAUCAUAUUUUUGCAUAUAUGUAUGUAUCUCAACCUGUUCAUAUCUCAGUUUAAUGUUAUCUAUCUACCUCAGUCUGUUCAUAUCUAUUUACUUCAGUCUAUUCAUAGCUAUCUAUCUAUCUAUCUAUCUAUCUAUCUAUCUAUCUAUCUCAGUUUUCUGAUAUCUAUCUAUCUAUCUAUCUAUCUAUCUCAGUUCAUGUUUAUCUAUCUAUCUAUCUAUCUAUCUAUCUAUCUAUCUAUCUAUCUAUCUAUCUAUCUAUGUCAGUUCAUUUAA